CAAUGCUCUGCCCCUCUCCAGCCCUCGCGCUUCGCCAAUCCCACAAUGCGCUGCUUCUCCGCUCUCCCACAAGACCCCCCCUCGUCCGCCCCACAAUGCCCUGCUGCCGGCCCCCUUCCUCCCCCGUGAGCGGCAGGGUCUGUCCCUGUAGCAGGAAGAUGGCGGACACAAUGAACAGGAGCCCCCGCUCCGCAGCCUGAGCCGACCCCGCCUGAGGGCGCUGCCCGCCCGUGCCGAAGCCGCCUGCUAGUGACGCGCGGCCCCUGCCCGAGAUCCGCGCGCGUCAGGCUUCCGCCGGCUUCCCUUUCCCGCUGCUUCGCAGGCUCCGCGGGCUCUAGGCCGCCGCCCGGCUCCUCACGUUCACCGGCGUCCUCCGUGCCCGGCUCCCGCUGGGCCCCGGCUGGCUCCUUAGGCCCCACUCGCGCCGCCUCAUCUCUCGCGGCAUGAAGCUAACAGACAACGUGCUGCGGAGCUUCCGCGUGGCCAAGGUCUUCCGCGAGAACUCGGACAAGAUCAACUGCUUCGACUUCAGCCCCAACGGCGAGACAGUCAUCUCCAGCAGCGACGACGACUCCAUCGUGCUCUACGACUGCCAGGAGGGCAAACCAAAGAGAACACUGUAUAGUAAAAAGUAUGGAGUGGACCUGAUCAGAUACACACAUGCUGCCAACACUGUGGUGUACAGCUCUAACAAAAUAGACGAUACAAUCCGUUACCUCUCCCUACAUGAUAAUAAAUACAUCCGAUAUUUUCCAGGGCACAGCAAGAGAGUGGUUGCCCUGUCCAUGUCUCCAGUGGAUGAUACCUUUAUUUCUGGAUCACUUGAUAAAACCAUCCGACUUUGGGAUCUCCGGUCUCCAAACUGCCAGGGUUUAAUGCAUCUUCAGGGGAAGCCUGUAUGCUCCUUUGACCCAGAGGGCCUGAUCUUUGCUGCUGGAGUCAAUUCUGAAAUGGUGAAGCUCUAUGAUCUCCGCUCUUUUGACAAGGGUCCAUUUGCUACAUUCAAGAUGCAAUACGAUCGAACCUGUGAGUGGACAGGCUUAAAGUUCAGUAACGACGGGAAGCUUAUCCUCAUAUCAACCAACGGAGGGUUUCUUCGACUGAUUGAUGCCUUUAAGGGAGCUGUACUGCAUACGUUUGGGGGUUAUAACAACAGUAAGGCUGUCACGUUGGAGGCAUCAUUUACACCAGAUUCCCAGUUCAUAAUGAUUGGUUCAGAGGAUGGAAAAAUUCAUGUCUGGAAUGGGGAGAGUGGGAUGAAGGUGGCUGUGUUGGAUGGGAAACACACAGGUCCUAUAACCUGUCUGCAGUUCAAUCCCAAAUUCAUGACCUUUGCCAGUGCAUGUUCCAACAUGGCCUUUUGGUUGCCAACCAUAGAUGACUAAUUCUGAAACCACAAUGCCCGCUGGGUGGCUUCCAUACUGUUAAUAGCAGCGUGUUCUUGGCGAAGAUGGUGUCGGAGCUGCCUACUCCUCCUGAACUGUAUGUUCUCAUCCAUCAUACCCACAUACGUUCCUGUAUGUCUUCUUUUUUUUCUUUCUGCAUUCCUUCAGAAGGACUCGUUCAUUUGACCUCCGAGAGUCUGAUCAUGCUGUACCCAGAAGCUGGGUGCAGCAUGUAGCUACUUUCCAGUCAAAGUCCAAUAGGUUCCAGCAGAACUUGUAACUGGCACAGUGUUACUUUUGGGAACGUGGUGGAGAAAUAACGGAAAGUCUGAUUUUUUAUGACGUUUGCUGCAGUCUCUAAGAUGUAAUUGUGUUUUGUUCUCAUGCUAUAAACACACAAGGCUACAGACAAACUGUGGUGGGUGAGUGGAACGUACAGUUCUGUCCUACACCUGCAUGUUUAUCACGCCUGGGAUCUCUACAGUGUCACUGUUGAAUUCUACAAAUACAAACUUCAUUUGUGCCAAAUACAAGCAGACUGACUGUUUUUAACCCAAAUGUCAGAUGCACAGAGAUCUUUUGCUAUUGAACACUUAGGCAAAGGCUGCAUAUUCGCAUCCUGGCAUCCAUCAUCAGUUUCUGGUGGUCUAGUGUCUGGCAGACCAUACAGGUUUUGCCUGCUGGCAGAGAAAGCUUGAAGCAUCCUCUGUGCCAUUCAUCAUCCAAGGCGCACACAGUACUGAAGAGGUCUGGUGGGCAUCUCAAGCAAUAAAGGAGUCUGUCACCAGGAAGAUGAUUAAAACAAAGACUGAAACUGCAGUAGUCUCCAAUACAUCUUCCUUCUGUAUCAUCUUUGCUGAUCUUACUUGUAAAUAUUUUGGGGGGAGGAUAAUAGGGAGGGGUCAUAUUUUUUUACUUUUAGGUAUUAAAGAGUAUGAUGUGGGCCAGUAUUGUGGGAUGAGUUCAGGCUGUUUGCCUUCCACUGAUGCAGCUUUCUCCUCCUGUUCUGUAAAUAAGUUCCAUUAAAUUCUCUCCAAACUGGGUCCAGGCCUGUAUCCCUUUUGUUAGUAAUACUUCCACACACAAGAUUUUAUUCAUUAUACAUUUACUCACACAUUGUGCAAGUUCUCAACAAUUGUUUAAAAGACUGUGGCUCACCUAAGUCACAUGGGUGUUAUCCAAAGCCAAAUGGAGAAUUUGAGAUGUCUGAUAUCCCUUUUUUCUUGUAUUCUGCCCUGGCAUUUCUGUAAAGAAUGCCCUUGCAGAAGUAUUAUACCUCUGUUGGAUAUACUGCACUCUGCUGUCCAUUUUUGGGCAAUGCAAAAAGUAAACCAAGCCUACCAGCUGGUAUUGUUCCACUUUUUCGUUCUUUUCCUAAGUCAUCACAUGGUAAAAUUGGUCUGAUGCAUCUCCAUUAGCAUGAUGGGGAAAAGUACAAUGUACAUGGAGCUAUGCACUGUGCUCUCAUCUUAACCAAAUACUUGCAACCUAGAGGCUGAGCAUACAUAGGUACAUUUGCUUGGAAAAUCCAUUCUUUGUCUCCUGCUGCUGACCUCAACCUCCCAAAAAUGCAAGAGUCUGUCAAGGUGGCAAUCUAAACAGGGAAUAGGCUGAUCCUGGAUGCCAUUUUAGUGUUCUCUCAUACCUGAAAAUAAUUUGUUACACCUCUGGUAAUAGUGAUCUUGAUGCUCCAUGUUGUGUAGUUUCCAUCUCCACUGUAGGGCCUCGCAUCUAAUGCAGAGCAUGUUCCACUGGAAUAAUGUAUGGGUUUGUGGUACAGCCCACCCCUUUCUCUGGUCCACCCUUGCUUGUUACAACUGUUAGCAUAACACACACUUCCAUAAGCAAGGGCUAGGGGUGUAGAAUGGGUUUCUUGUCACUGCCAGUCCCCUUUGAGGUAUUAGUGCAUGCUGUGCUGCAGCUUUAUCUAUGACAGACACUGUACGUCAUCAAAAGGGCUGCUGUGCAUGAGACAGUCUGAGAAGUUAUUUGAACCUAUGCUGUGACUAAAAAUGCUGUUUAGACUCUGAUGUGCCUCUGUGCUAAUUAUACUGUACAUGUUUAAAGCCAAUUCUAUGGUGUGUUCUGUGUUACGCGAGUUAGUCUGUUACUCACUUGGUGGAGAUGACAGACUGACUUUCUUUUGAUCUCGCCAAACACUUAGGCUGCAGGAGUUCCAGUUCAGAGAUUCCUUUGUAUGCUGCACCAGCAUUCCUCCUACUGGCUAAUACUGUGCUGAUUUCACCUCAAAAAGCCAAGGGCAAAGGGAGAUGGACAUCUGUUCUCGCACAUGACUAGGUUUCUGCAACUGUUUCUUUUUCAGCCAGUUCUUGUUGCAUUCUGGGCUGUUUGGUGCUAUAGCUGCCAUUUAGUGUUUCCGUGAGCAGCUAUAUUUUGCAGAAGUUUAUAACUUAGCAUGUUUAUGGUGGUGGUGAGUUUUAAAAUUAAGAUAAAAUUGAGGUUGAAACAAUGAUAACCUGAAGCAAACUCAUUCAGGUUUUUGCAAAGGUGCUUUUAGAUGAGUGAAAUGAACAGUUAGUCCCCACCAGAUAUUACUUAGGCAGGGAAGAGACUCAGAAGAUUUUUCUUCUGAGAAGUGCCACUUGCAAACCUGUUAUAAACACUUUUUUCAUAAGGCUGUGUUAGGUAUCCCCAGCCGCAUUGUAACCCUCUCAAUGUGUAUUUGCUGCGUGGAAUGUUUAACACUAUAGAGCGCUGAAAUGUUGAUCGAAGAAUUUGCACAUCAGAAAUGAACGUUUUCAGGUCAAGAGAAGUUUGCAGGAUCAUACGCAAGGCGGCACUGAUUGUCAGUGUAAAAUUGGUAGUAUUUUGUCUCUAGGGAACUAGAUAUUUUUCCCUGACUGAUUUUCUUUGUUGCAUGAGUCUCUCACAAUCUUAAUGUAGCGAUCAGGGUUUCUGACAGAGUUUUAGGAAAAAACUGAAAGAGAACUGACUGUGUUGUCAGAACAAUUACCUGGAAACUUUU